AUACACUGUUGGUGGGGUCCCUGUGUCGAAGACCAGGCUACCCAGCAAGAUCGAAUCUUCAAAGAAAACUCAAAGACACGUAUAGUUUACUUGCCGGGAUUGUCUAUUUACCAUGGUACUUUUAGAUAAUGACGGCUUCCUAACACAGCUGACGUACCUACUACAGAAGUCACGAACGGCUGGCUCUGUUUAUAUCACAGUCAAGAAGUAUAAUGGACAAACUAGGCCCAAACCCAGAGCCUCUAAGAAACAUGCGAAGUUAACUUCAGUUGAACAUGAAGGAGAGAGUAAAUGCCUUUUUAGAGCAACAAACGGAAAGAAAAAACUCAGCACAAUAGUCAACACAAAAGAUGUUAACCGCUUUCAACUGGCCUACGCAAACGUACUUAAAGCUAACAUGGACAAUUUGAAAAAGAGAGACAAGAAGGUUGAGAAGAGUAAAGCCAAUAAAGCAAAAGCUACACAAUAGACAAUGAAUGACACAAGUCUAUAAAUUAUUUGAAAGGUGUCAUUGAUAGGUGCACUUCCAAGAUCUUUGUGCAUUGAACAUAGAGAAAGGUUUUAAGCAACAGGGACCAAUUUGUAAGAAUGCAUAUCUAUCCAUCGUACCACUUUCACGUUAACCACAAUAAUAAUUAUUCUCGGUUGUCCACAAUAUGGGGGUGCCAUAUGAUCUAUACGCAAUAAAUCAAAUGAUCUACAGUAUGUGAUCAAACAUUCUCGAGUAUUUGGCAAUCCUAAUUCCAGUUGUUUUGAUGAGGCUUUCUGUGGUAGGUAGAAGAUGUGUAGGUACUGCAAGCUCAUACCAGACCCUGCGCUUCCUUACAGUUUAUCUACAUGCAUGGGAAAUCCAGUAAGAGCUGGCCUAUGCUGGGAUUUAGCACUUUUUUUGUCUGCAAAAAAUACAAUGUUUGGGUCCUCUUAGAUGAAUAAAAGAUAAUCAGACCA